AACGAGCGACGUCCGCUAUGACGCCUUACUUUUUUCCAUUUCCAGCCGUCAUGGGCGACACAUCAGUUUCUUAUUUCUUAUAGUCAUUAAUUUUAAAUUCUUUAUUUUGUCACUUAUAGAUAAAUAAAAUCAAACUAAUAAUACAGUCCACUCUUAUUCACAACGCAACAUAUGGUCCUUCUCCCGUGAAACAAUCGGAUCGACGACCUGCGGAAAAUACAAUUUGAAAACCGACGCUUAACCGCCAUCUUAAAAUCGUCGGAGCUUCAUCGGCUGGACAAAAUUUAGCUAUUCAACAAAGAUUGCUGAAGAUAUCGUCAACAAGCAAGUUCAACAUUCAAUACAAUUUGGAAGCCUUGGACAUCACAGGAACCAAUUCUGAUAAUACAUUCAAGCAGAUUACACCAUCCACUGUGAGUCCGUUCCAAUCAUCUCAUACAUUCCCUUCAUAAUUUUUUUAAUUCUAAUAUAAAUCUUGAAAAUUUUCAUUCUAUUGCAAUUAUUACUUCAUAUUAAUGUGUUUUUAUCAAAAAAGUGCAUAAUUUAUUCGAACGUUUUGAACACGUUGCUAUUUCGUCAUACAUUUAUAACUAGGUACAGUCAAUUUUUAUAUUCAUCUCUAAAAAAUAAAUAAAUAGAAACGAUUUCAAAACUACAGCAUUAAUACAAACGUAUUGCAUUUUUAUAAAAUUUGCAAAUAAUACAUCAUUAUAUUUUAAUUAUAUUUAUAACAUUUGAAAUUCUAUUUCGAUUCAAUUUUUUUAAAUUUGUCAUCUGUCAUCUUAUAAUUUUCAUUUCUUGUCCUCAUAAUUUUAUUGGCUUACAUAAAAAAUGGCAGACAUGAAAAGUCUAAUUAAAAAACGAGCUUCAAUUAAAGCAAAACUAACACAAUUUUCAUCAUAUAUCAACAUUUCUAAAUCGUGCCAAAAACUAAAACGAUUUGGAGUCUGUAGUGGAUGAUCCCAACGAGCAAUAUGCGGAGCGUGAGGAAUUCGAGAAGCAAUAUUACGGCUUAGUAGCUUCUUCACGUCAGCUGAUCAGUGCAGCGCGCAAGCCUCUACAGGGUGAAGCAGUCUCCGAGGUGGGCUCUUGUGGUGCACAUACACACAAACACAACUCAAUAAGAUUGCCUAAAAUAGACCUUCCAAAAUUCAAUGGUGCUUAUCAUGAUUGGCUGGAAUUUAGAGACACUUUUAUUUCAAUUAUUCAUAUAAACAACAACAUUGAUAACAUUAAUAAGUUACACUACCUGCGUGCUUCUUUGAAGGGAAGUGCAGCACUUGUAAUUAAUAAUUUAGAUUUUACAUCUACCAACUAUGAUAUUGCCUGGAAGUUACUCUGUGAAAGGUAUGACAAUAACCGUCUGCUGGUCAAUAACCAUGUUCAAAAAUCUAUCUUUUGGUGUGACUCAACUAUUGUUUUGGGUUGGCUAUCCUCGGCACCAAAUUUACUAAAACCAUUUGUUAGGCAUCGUAUUUCUGAAAUACAAGAUAAUGCAGGUGGAUCAUGGAGAUAUGUUCCGUCUUCAGAAAAUCCCGCAGAUCUCGUCUCACGAGGAUUGAGUGCAGACAGAAUCAAUAAGUUCUCACUAUGGUGGUCAGGGCCUCAAUUCUUGUUAAAUUGUGAAGAGAAUUGGCCAACAUUUCCUCAAAUAUUUUCAAAUUUACCAGAUAUAGUUUGUUCCAAUCAAGUGGACAUAACUGAAAACACACAUUGUUUAGCAAAAAUUACAGAAAAAUGUUCCUCUUUCUGUAAAUUACAACGUAUAGUGGCAUAUGUUAUUAAGUUUAUAAAUAAAUGUCAAAAGAAACCUACUAAGCAGAACUCUGAAUUAGAGCAAUCAUUGAACAAAUUAUUAAAAUUUAGUCAGCAAGAAACAUUCUUUGAAGAAUACAAUUUACUAAGUACAGGCAAAACAUUACCUGUAAAAAAUACACUAUUAAAACUAUCACCAUUUCUUGACUCAAACAAAUUGAUAAGAGUAGGAGGCAGGCUCAACAACUCAUUUUAUGACUAUAAUGUUAAACAUCCUAUCCUUUUAUCAAGUUCACAUAAAAUAACUCAUCUCAUUUUCAACAUGUUUCAUAAAACAUUAAAGCAUGCAGGUCCUUUGCUUUUGUUAGCUAGCAUUCGUCAUCACUACUGGCCCAUUGGCGGUAGAAAUUUAGCAAAAAAAACAUGUCAUCAGUGCAUAAAAUGCUGUCGAAUAAAGGCAAAUACACUUCAACCUGUGAUGGGUAAUCUUCCAGAACAACGUUUACAUCUUGAAUUUCCAUUCUUAGACACUGGAAUUGACUAUGCCGGGCCAAUCAUGAUAGCUGACCGAAAAGGCAGGGGAUGCAAACUUGUAAAAUCAUUUAUAUGUGUAUGUGUGUGUCUCGCUACGAGAGCUGUUCAUCUUGAACUUGUUUCAGACAUGACAAAAGAAGCAUUUCUAGCUGCUCUUAGCCGUUUUAUUGCUCGGAGGGGAAAACCACGCAACAUUUUCUCAGACAACGGCACAACCUUUGUAGGAGCCUUUAACGAGUUGGCUCGAUUUCUGUCACAAGAUUUAGAACUUAGGAAUUUAGAUUCAAGUAUUAAAUUUUCAUUUAUCCCUGCUUAUACUCCGCAUUUCGGAGGUAUUUGGGAGUCUGCAGUAAAAUCAACAAAAUAUCAUUUAAAGCGCACAUUAGGUCUAACAAAUUUAACUUUUGACGAAAUGGCAACAUGUUUAACACAAAUAGAAGCAAUUCUAAAUUCAAGACCUUUAACUCCUCUAUCGGAUGACCCAUCCGAUCUCACUCCAUUAACCCCAGCUCAUUUCCUUAUCGGACGAUCAGUGAUAUUUGCGCCACAUCCUCAAGUACCAGAUAGUACCAAUAUCACUAGCCUGCAGAGGUUUCGCAGAAUAGAAUAUCUCAAGCAACACUUUUGGAAAAGGUUCUCUCAAGAAUACAUCUCGUGGUUGCAACAAAAAUCUAAAUGGUGUAAAACAUCUGCAGAGCCUUUGAAAGUGGGUGAUCUAGUCAUCGUAAAGGAACCAUCAUCUCCGCUACUGUGGCCACUUGGACGCAUACUUCAGCUGUACAGUGGUAGCGACGAUAUUGGAAGAGUUGCAGACAUCUACACACGACGAGGCGUCAUUCGCCGCGCUUUCAACACUAUCUGCCCACUUCCCAUCAAUUAUUGAAGACACUUCAACCGGGGAGUAUGUUUUGAAUUCGGAACGUCAAAGGUGUCAACGAGCGACGUCCGCUAUGACGCCUUACUUUUUUCCAUUUCCAGCCGUCAUGGGCGACACAUCAGUUUCUUAUUUCUUAUAGUCAUUAAUUUUAAAUUCUUUAUUUUGUCACUUAUAGAUAAAUAAAAUCAAACUAAUAAUA